AUCCGGAAUGUUUCAUUGGGGUAACUCUUCACCAAAAAGGUUGAAAAUCAAUAAAUUAUAUCGAGAAUUUCAAUAUAGUUUUGAGUUUUUUAAAUAAAUGAUCGUAAGAUUUUCAGUGAUCCCGAAGUAUAUCCUGGUUGGGGUUGUUCAGGUUGUGCAUCAUCUUGGCACGAAUACUUCCGGAGCGCCAGAUUUUCUAUUAGAUUAACUUUUGUGUACUUUAAACUCAAGUUUACGUACUAAUUUGGUACAAUACAGCAUAUACGCACAGUAUAUCGCGUAAUCUAAAAUUGAUGGUAUAUAUAUAUAUAUAUAAUAUAUACAAAUACUCUAUUUUAGAAGUUUUUUUUAUCUAUUUAUUUUCCACCAACAUUUUGUUUAGCUUCGGAUUACAUGUAUACCGGCUGGUAUAAAGAAGAAACUCCGUGGCAGGGUCAUCGUAUUGUAACGCCAGCUGAAGGGAGAUUUCCGACUGUUACGGGAAACUUUAAAGCCAGAACCAAUGCGAUAGUAAAAUGUGCAAAGGUUGCUUGGUGCUUGGGAUAUAAAGUAUUCGUGCUUCAACAUAGUGGAUGGUGUGCAACAUCAGCCAAUGCUCACAAAGUAUAUGGCAAAUAUGGGUCAUCAACUAUCUGCGCCCAAGACGGGGAAGGAGCUGGUUGGACAAAUGCAGUCUACAUGAUAAUCAGAUAAAACGAAAUUACAGCUUAUAACAUCCAGUUUUGCUAUUUUAUGUUGCCAAUUUGUGUAACGAUUUUUCAGGAUUUGUACAUCUUUGAGUUCUACAAGCCAAGAAUACAUUGUUAUUGUUGAACGUAUUUUUAUCUUGCAUUUUCGUUCUGUUUUCUGGUAUCAUAUUUACAACUUAUUAAUGCUCGAAUAUAUGGAAACGUAGAUA